ACGGGGUUGCUGUUAUAAUGGCUCACAGCGCGUUGAUUGCUGCACAUGAUCUUGCUCGCUACAGAUCCAGCUUGGAGCGUCUUCCUCCUAACAUGCGUGAUGUGAUUCCUCUGAGGAUUGUUCUUCUGGGGAAGAGUGUGUCAGAAAACAGUCUCGUAGGAAACUUCAUCUUAGGACGAGCAGUGUUUGACAGUGAAGCUGCUCCAGAUGUUGUAGAGAGAGUCGGAGGAAGACUGAAGGACAGACACCUGAUGAUCAUCAACAGUCCUCAGCUGCUCCAGAGGAACAUCUCAGAUCAUCAGAUCACACAGACAGUGAGAGAGUGUGUGUUUCUGUCUGAUCCAGGACCUCAUGUGUUCAUAAUCAUACUGCAGUACAAAGACUUCACCGAGGAGGACCUGAGAAGCGUGAAACAUAUGCUAGACAGAUUCAGUGAAGAGGCUAUUAAACGCUCUAUCGUGAUCACGACUGAUGAAGAGACGAAAGCUAAUGAAUUCAUUCAACGAUUAACUGCUGAAUGUGGAGGAGGACAUCUGCAGCUAGAUCAUAAACAUGAGGAAUUGAGCUCUGUAAUACUGCAGCGAUUAGAGAAGAUCCUCGGAGAGAACAGUGAAGAGUAUCUGUAUUAUGAUGCAGAAGGAUCAUCAGUCGAUGAAGAUCACAGCAGAUCUUUUGUUUCACUCCAAACCGAAGAGGAAGAUUCGGAUGAAGACGAUGAUGGAAAAAUCCAAGACACUCAUAUACAGAAAAAGGAAGCCAAAGGAUAUCUUCAAAAUAUACCAAAAUUAUCGUUGUUUAGUACUCCAGAUAUGAGACAUCAGCGUGAUCAAGCAAAGAGAAGUGUAAAUGUGAGCAGGAAACAGAAGCUGUGUGUUGUGUUGUGUGGAAGUGAUGGAAGACUGAAGGCCUCCAUAUCAAAUCUCAUAAGAGGAAAAAAACAGUUUCUUUCCCCCUUGCACCUGAAAGACAAAGAGUGUGUGAGGAGAGACGUGGAGCUUCAUGCUCAUCUGAUGAAUCUGGUGAAGCUUCCAGCUCUGACUCGUCUCUCAGAAGAGGAAGUGAUGCGUCAGACUCUCAACUGUGUGUCUCUCUGUGAUCCUGGAGUUCAUGUUUUCCUCCUCAUUGUUCCUGAUGCUCCACUGACUGAUGAAGACAAAGCAGAAAUGGAGGAGAUCCAGAGGAUAUUCAGCUCGAGGAUCAAAAAACACCUCAUGGUUCUUAUAAUACAAGAGAAGAACAUGUUUCAUAAACUUUUUAGUAGCAAAAGUAGUCUACUUAGUAUUUCAUCUACUCAGAUGUGUCUUCAGUCAUUUGAAGGUCGUCAGUUUGUUUUGGAGAACAGGUCACGGAUUCCAGAUCUACUGCAGGAUGUGAAGAACAUUGUACAAGAGAAUGAAGGAAGCUGUUACACAACCUUCAUGUACCUUCAGGCUCGAGUAGAACUGGAGAGAAACAAACACAGAGCUGAAAUAGAGGAACUGAGAAGAUCUAUGAUGAAACCUCAGUCAACAGCAGGUCUAGCACACAAUUAUGUUGCUGUUAGGAUUGUGCUUCUGGGAAAGACGGGUGUUGGGAAAAGUGCAACGGGAAACACGAUACUGAGAAGAGAAGCUUUUAUAUCGAAACUGACUUCACGCUCUGUGACCAGAGAGUGUGAGAAAGAAUCCUCAGAAUUCAACAGAAGACGGAUAACUGUGAUCGACACUCCAGGCCUGUUUGAUACUGGAGUCGAUAAUGUUGAGACCAGGAAAGAGAUUGUGAAGUGCGUCUCAAUGGCAGCUCCUGGACCACAUGUGUUUCUGCUCGUGAUACAACUGGGACGAUUCACUCAAGAGGAGAAGGAUGCAGUCAAGAUGAUCCAGGAGAUGUUUGGAGACAAAUCCAGAAUGUACACCAUGGUGCUCUUCACCAGAGGAGAUGAUCUUAGAGGAACAAGGAUUAAAGAUUUUAUUGAAGGUGAUGAUAGCUUACAGUACCUCAUCAAACAGUGUGGUCACAGAUACCAUGUGUUCAAUAACAAAGACACUAAAGAUCAGGCGCAGGUUUCUGAGCUGCUGGAUAAGAUUGACUGUAUGGUGGCAGCAAAUGGAGGGAGUUUCUACACCAAUGAGAUGUUCCAGCAGGUGGAGAAGAACAUCAGAGAAGACCAAAAGAGAAUCAUCAAAGAGCGAGAAGAAGAGAUCAAGAGAAAAGAAGAAGAUCUGAGAGCCAAGUAUGAAGCAGAAAUAGAAGAAAUGAAGAAAGAAAAUCAGAGAGAAAGACAAGAAAUGCAGAAAGAAUUAAGAAAAAGUGAGGAAGAAUUCAAAAAGAGAGAAGAAGAGAUCAAGAAAGAAACAGACGAAAAUCUACAGAAAGAGCUGCAGAGAAAACUGGAGGAGAACCAGAAACUGUUUGAAGAAGAAAAUAAAAGAAAAGAAAAGGCUUUGGGAGAACAACAACAGAACUUCAUAAAAUACUUGGAAGAAAAGCACGAGAAAGAAAAACAAAAACUUAAGGAGAAGAUUCAACGUGAAGCACGAGAACAAGCAGAGUGUGAAUAUCUCAUAAAACUGGAAAGAGAAGUAGCUGAAGCUUUAAGAAAAGCUGAAGAACAACUACCACACAGUGCAAAACGAGCUCGUGACUGGAGUCAGUUCGGAGGGUUUAUCGGAGCAGCCACUGGAAGUUUUAUUGGUUCUUUUGAAGACCUCGUGUGCUGGAUUACCAGCAUACGGUCUAAAUGUCAAACUCAACAGCUAACUGAAGAAUGAGUUUAGGUACAACCCCAAAUCCAAACAAACUGGGACGCUGUGCAAAAUGUGACCCUGCCUAUGAAGACCCAGUUAAAGUUAAUCUUUGUGUUUUACUGUUGUCUACAUAAAAUCAUGCCUCUUAAAGAUUGAAAUCAUAGAGAAAAGAAUGGUUGAAAUCAAACUUUGAUGCUUGCAAUCUCAUAGUUAGAGUUUGAGACUUUAGGCCUGCAUUUCACAGACAGGGUCACAAAUGUUAAUAAAAAAGGAAUGCAGUGAUUUGCAAAUCUCAUAAACCCCUAAGUUUAUUCACAAUAGAACAUAAAAAACAUAACCAAUGUUUAGACUGAGGAACUGUACCAUUUUAAGGGGAAAAGGCAAUUUUGAAUUUGAUGGCUGCAAACACAUCAAAGCAGGGACGGGGGAAGAAACUGGAAGAGUUAGUGUUUCUAAAAAUGAAACAGCUGGGGAAACAUUUAACAAUUAUUAGGUUAAUUGGCAACAGGUCAGUAACAUAAGUGUGGGCAUAAAAAGAGUCUCUCAGACGUAUAGAUGGGCUAAGGUUCACCAAUUUGUGAAAAACUGCAUCCACAAAUUGUGCAACAAUAUUACUCAAAAUAAAAUUGAGAAGACUUUGAAUAUCUCAUCAUUUGCAGUACAUAAUAUCAUCAAAAGACUCUCUGCACAAGGGACGAGGGUGAGAAUCAGAUCUUCAGGCCCUCGGGCAGCACUGCAUUAGAAACAGCCAUGCAUCUGUAAUGGAGAUCACUGCACGGGCUCAGAAAUCACUGUCUAUGAACAAGGUCCAUGAAUGCAGGUUAAAGCUCUGUCAAACAUAUUAGUUGUUAUUUGUGGACAUGAUCCAGAAACGCUGUUGUCUUGUCUGGGCCAAAGCUCAUUUAAAAUAGAGAAGGUAAAGUGGAAAACUGUUCUGAGGUCAGAUGAAUCAAAAAGUUAUGUUAAUUUUAAAACCAUGCAUGCCUUGUCUUCCAGACUAGAGCAGAGAGACCAGCUUCUCAUCAGUGUUUGACACAUGGAUCAUAAAUCACUCUUGAGUUCAACAGGAUUGUUAGAGAAGACUUCGAGAAAUCCAGCAGAACUUCAAACGCAGAGAAGCACGGAAGCAUUUCAAGCCUUUCACUUUCACAAUAAAUCUGUUUGUAUUUUUU